CCGCAUACAGAGGUGUGGUAUUUGUUGCCUCAGGGCGCAGAAUUCCAAAGCGUUCUACAUUUGGAUUACAUCUGGAUCGAUGUUACACAGACGCUAAAGACAGAAAGAAAAAGUUGUGAAGUUAUAUUUACGUUCUUUUUCUCAACUGAAACCAAAACUAUCAAACAUUUGACGGAAAAUCACAACUACUUUGUCACACUCAGGAGCUCGAGUUGCUUUUACACUCUGCGCGAGACAGAAGGUUGAAAUGAUGUCACGGAUACUACAAUUGACCAAAUAAGGACAUUGACACAUGGGAGUGGAAUCCGUUCUGGUCAUUUUUCAGUUUUCAAGAGCACAAAGCUGAAGUGUGCGUGUGUCCAACUCUAGCAUAUCUUUUCUACUCUCCGUGUCUGUCACCGACACACACACACACACUCACACACACACUCACUCACUCACUCACACAUUCACAUUCACGCUGCUGUGAAUGUUGGCGUGUGUGAGCUGCCUUCGACUUUCUUGAGCAAAGAGAAAAGAGGAAGCAGUUCCGCCCUCAGAAGCUGUGAGGAGGCCGCGAAAAGAGCCGAAAGACGAGGGAGAAGAAGAAGAAGAAGAAGAAGAAGAAGAAAACCCUCCGACACUCGCUCUUCUUCUGGCAGCCUCUCGCGGGGGGACGGUGAAACUCAGGCGGGAAGGAUCGACGUAGUUUUGGUUCGAAGACGUCGCAGAAAAUGACCUUGCUGUGAGAAGUUUCAGUUCGGAGCUGCACCGUGAAAAGCGUCCAUGCUGCUCUCGUCUGCUGAUAUUACCGUUAACGGGCGCCUUCACUCGAGUACUCGCUUUGGAUUUGGGCUCUAGCUGCUGUGGAACAGCGGGUCUCUGAUUCAGGCCCGGGAAAAGUGUUUGGUUCGGACGAAACCCAGCUGAAAAGCAGAAUGAGUGGAGAGGAGGAAAGAUUCAAACUGGUGGUGGUGGGAGGAGGAGGGGUGGGGAAGAGCGCCCUGACCAUCCAGUUCAUCCAGUCCUACUUCGUGUCAGACUACGACCCCACCAUUGAAGACUCAUACACCAAGAUCUGUACUGUAGACGGAAAGGAGACCCGGCUGGACAUCUUGGAUACAGCAGGUCAGGAAGAGUUUGGGGCGAUGAGGGAGCAGUACAUGCGCUCAGGAGAAGGCUUCUUACUGGUGUUUGCACUCAACGACCGGGGCAGCUACCAUGAGGUCCAGAAAUUUCACACCCAGAUCUUGAGAGUGAAGGACCGAGAUGACUUCCCCAUGGUGCUGGUUGGAAACAAGGCUGACCUGGAACAGCAACGAGUGAUCUCCAGGGAAGAUGCUCAGGCAUUUGCCAGAGAAAACAGGAUCCACUACAUGGAGGCUUCAGCCAAGAAUCGCUACAACGUGGAUGAGGCCUUUCUGGAGCUUGUGCAGAUUAUCAGAAGGUUUCAGGAGAUGGAGUGUCCUCCUCCUCCAGCUCAUCACACAGGGAAACAGAAGAGUGGAGGCUGUCCCUGUGUCCUUCUGUAAGGACUGUUACUAUGGACACCAAAGCCUCGUCCCCAGACAGCUGAGUUCAAGACCUGUGUUUCCCUGGCUGUUUCUCGACUCAGCAGGGUGUGUGUGUGUGUGUGUGUGUGUGUGUGUGUGUGUGUGUGUGUGUGUCUGUGUGUGUGUGUCUGUGUGUGUCUGUGUCUGUGUGUGUCUGUGUCUGUGUCUGUCUGUCUGAGAGAUAAGGUUCAUCAUUUUCUUUCCAAAUAGUUUAAUUUGCACUUUUGCCAAAAGCAACUUUUAAAUCAGUGUAAUGUUUUAUUUGAAUGAGAGGAUGUAAAGGAAGAGGUGUCCACAGCAGGCAGCAGAGGAACAGGAGGUCAGCAUGCUGGCCGGUGUACCAAUGCCAUGGAGUAAUAAUGACUUUAAUGUCCAUAAAGACAAAUAUCAGAACAUCAUGUUCUGUAGAAAUGACCAAACUGCUGUUAGAAAGGACGCCAUGUCCUGCUGGUACAGAUAUCAACAGUGACAUCACCACCACACAGCUGACUGACUGAAUAGUUUGUGUUCUGUAUACAAAAAUGUCAAAAAUUGCAUUUUGCAUUCAACAUUUCAGCUUGCUCGUGAUAUGUGGCACACCUAAAAAAUGAGACAGACUGCCUGUGUGCUGUCAUUUUGCGUGCCCUCCUGCAGGGGGCAGCAGAGCCCCACAGCAGAAUUGUAAAAAGAGAGGGAGGAAAUGUAGUGUGGUUCCAGGCUCUAGUCAGGCUUCCAGCUGCUGUGUUUGUCUUCUGUUGCCACCUCUCCAACUUUCCACCUGUGCUGCCACAGAUGACACAACACACAGCAGCAUAAAUCCAACAUGUCAAUUCAAGGGCCUGAUCAGAUUUUGGAUUAUCCACUGCAGACUGUGCCUAUGCUAGCUGAAUGAUACAUGUUACAUGAAUGUCCACCUGCUAGUGCAGAAUUCAGGGCAGCAGAACUUGUUUCUGUGUUUGCACAUUUCAACAUUUGAUCAUUUGGCAGCAUGUUGGCUUGAUGUUCAUUGUUUUUGGUGAUAGGUUGGACUGCAUUCUGGUACUAAUGUAUUCUUCUCAUUCUUUUAGUUUUUACAUGAACAGUGUCAGUGUCUAACAUGUGCUCAGAUGUUUUGUAUCAUGCUGUGAGUACACAUCAGAUAAACAUUCGGUCUAACAAAAUAAUCCUAACUCAAGGUUCACUUACUAGCUUUCUCUAGACCUGUCAGAUAAUGGUGGAUGGUAUCUUCAGUCACUAACCACGGCAGGUGGGGGUGAAAUGGUAACCCGUUUCUUGAUUGGUCUCUUUGACUUCUGGUCCAUGACCUUUGACCCCUUUCCAAUAGACUGUGAGCAGUUGUAAUCUGAUGUUCACAGACAGCUCAUAUUGUCAUUCAGUAUUUUGUCCAGACUCCUUUUCAUUUCAUUUAUGUGUGAUGUCAAGAUUAUGUCAUAUACCACAUUCUGGAAAGAGCUGAGAGGUGGACCUUGAGGUUGUAGUGGAGGGGAAGCAUCGUUCUUUCACUUCUGAAGGUGUUUAAUAUUUUUAUAUAGCCCAGCAUUUCAUUUUAAUAUAGCCCUCCUCUCUUCUGCAUAGCAUUUCUCAAAAAGAAUGUGUUCCAGUGUUUAUUAAUAUAAUAGGAGUACAGGGUGUUUUUUGCCACUAUUUUGUCAUAAUGUGGACUGCAGUCACUCCGACUGUGCAGUAGUUCCAACCAACCAGUAGAGAACAGUAUUGCAGCAGCAGGGCUGAGCAGCCAGCAGUCCUCCACAGCGCCACACAGACAGGCAUGGCCAAAUUGUUGUGGUUAGAGCACACAUCAAACCAAAGAAGGCUUAUUCAGGGGUUGUGUUGUGUCCCUGUGCCCUGAUGUGUGUUCUUUUAUUGGCAGUGAGACAAUCACAGACAUGAGUCCACUUCACAUGAUUCACACCAAAAGAAUUUAUCAAGUUCACCUGCGAAAUGCCCCAAAAAAAAUCUUGCAGUACUCUUCCACAUAUCCAGUUUUAUAUUUCCCAUUUUAAUGCUUUGGGCACUUUGGUUUCACUUCUGUUUCUUUUAAUAAGAAUUCAUAUUUAUAUCUACCUUACAAUCUGCAAUUCACUUUAUCAGAUUUAUACUGAAAUGAAAGUCAAAUCACUUUUAUACAUCAUUAAAAUAUAUACCCAAA